UCUCUCCCUCCUGAUAUCCUGGCCCUGAUGAACUCAGGAGAUGUGAGGGUUCAGAUCAGAGGCCUGACUCCUGGCAGUGUAGUAGUGAACUUCAUCAUCAUCUUCACACCCAGUCAGUCCCAGGACAUCCUGAAGGUGUCCUCUGCUCUGAUGCAGGCCCUACAGAACAGCUCCAUAUACACUGUUGACAGCAACAACACCCGUAUAGAUGAUGAUGAUGAGUGCAGUACAGGGGACAUGGACUGCUCCCCAUGGGCKCAGUGCACUAACACCUGGGGCUCCUACAGCUGUCUCUGUCUGGAUGGAUUCACUGACUCCAACCCCUCCAGGCCAGGACGGGGCUGUUCAGCACCUUUGACCACAACCAUACCUACAAUGCCCAUCACGACACCUGUCCAGACGACCACAGCUCCAGCUACAAUCACAACCACAACCACAACCAACACUCUGGUUACAACCAACAAUACAGUUUCAACCACUACAACCUACAAUACAACCUCAAUCACAUCCAACAAUAAAACUACAACUACAAUCAACACACCAGUUCCAACCAACAAUGCCGUUAGAAUCAACAACACUGUUUCAACCGCUACUCCAAUCCUAAUCACAACCAUGACCCCAGUUCCAACCACAACCACCACUGACGUUCCUACAGCAAUGACCACCACUGUGACCAGCGGUCUCAUCACAAUGAGUCUGCAGCCUAAGACUCCUACUUCUCCGGCUAUUCUGGUUUCUUAUACGAGGGGCAUCUCUGUGGAGUGCAGGGCCAGCUAUAUCAUUGUGACAGUUGCGAGGGACUUCCUGGAGGCGAGGCACAUUGGGGACUCUUCCCUCUACCUGGGGAGACAGGAGUGUGGAGUGAACGAAGCGAACAGCAGCCAUGUCCAGCUGACGGUGGCUUGGGACCAGUGUAACACACAGCUCUUAUAUAAUAGCACUCAUUACACUGCUCAGACGACUCUGUUCAAUUCCAUGGAUCUCCAGAGCCUGCCCGACAGCAAAACGAGAGUUCCUACAGUACGGCUGGAGGUCCCCAUCAUGUGUACCUUUGGGAGGACCAUCCUCAUCUCUGCGGGUUAUGGCCCCACAGGGUAUGACAUGAUCAAAGAUGUCGUCAUGGGCUCAGGGACUUUCCAUGUGACGGUUCAGCUCCUGAAUGGAAUGUCCCCUCUCCCUCAGAACUACAGCCUGUCUCCCGAGGAGGACGUUGUGGUCGAGGUCAGCGUCAACUCCACAGUUGACCAGAUCAAAGUGGUCAUCAACAAGUGCUGGGCCACCCAGAGCAGCAACCCUUUGGAACCAACAAUUUACUUGUUCCUGGAAAACAGCUGUCCCCUCCCCAACACAUACACCACAGUCUUGGAGAACGGCAACUCCAGCAAGUCUCGCCUGUCCCUUCGCGUCUUCUCCUACGUCAACCUCAAUGUCAUCUACCUGCACUGCCAGAUUCAUAUCUGUAUUGAGACUGGCUCAGCCACCUGCCAGCCUGAUUGUAUUGAGCGGACAGAAAGAUUCUCUAAUCUAAUCGGAACGGGAAAAGCAACCUGUGGACCAUUCCUUCGAUCACACAAAGUGUCCGUCAAAGAGAGCUCUGUUACACUUCGUCUGGUGGACUACAUCUUACUGGGAAUAGGACUGUUCCUCUUCUUCGUCGGGAGUCUCUCGUCCUUGUUCUUCUGCUACAGAAAGCGAAUUGGAACCUACAGCUUCAGCCUCAAACCCAAGCAAGAGAACUUUACCUAUCAUGUUUUUGAUGCUUAGCACUGGAACGCUUUUAGGCUAGUUUUAGGGAACUUAAAGAGAUAUUAAAGUUGGGAUUCAAGCUGCAAUGUCUGUUGUAUAGUAGUCAGUGUAAUGAAAGUGUCAAUAUAGAUAGUUUAAUUGAAAUAAAGAUAUAUUAUUAGAAAAGUGUAUCAAAGUCCACUCUUCAAUUAUUUCAACAUUGAUACAUUUAAAUACGUACAUACUGUAUACAAGGCACCAUUUGCCAGAUUUGUAAGUCUAGUUAAGAUCAGAUUUGUAUAGGAAAUUGUAUUUAUAAAAUAUAUAUACUACAAUCACUUUAUUUUAUUUUUAACAGAUGCUUUUCUAUAACUGAGAAAAUCUACCGUUUUUAAUUAUGGAAAUUGCAUUUAUUUUAUCAGCAUAUCCUGAAGUCUUCUUUAGUCACUAGCUAACACGUCCUGGAAU